AGUUCAACUGUGAUGAAUCAGUAAGCCGUUUGUUCCACAUUAACAUACAGCGAUGGAACGUCCUACGCUUGCCAUUUUAGCAGUUAUGCUUAUGUUGGGCCUUGCAAGAUGCGAAGACUACUCUCGUUUCCUUGUCGACAUCGUUGAACCAACAGGCGUCGCCGAUGUCGAGGAAACCAUGGCCACUGUAAACAGCAUCUUGCAAGACACAGCCGGUGUUGAUUUCAUCUUCAAGGUCGUUGGUGAACCAAGAGUAUUAGCAAUUCUGAAUAUAACCAGCCUGUGCGAUAUGCGUUCGCUCGAAAAGAAGUUGUUGGCGGCUAAACUGGACAUCACUGUGAAAUCUCUUUUCCUGGGUGAAAAACUUGCAGCUGAUCUGGGGGUGAACAAAACCCUUAUUGAAAGUGCCCUGCCUCCAUCGAAACUAACUGGAGGCCACAUUUACUUUUGGGAUGCAGUUUUCAGAAUGGAAGAUCUAACCAGUGAAGAAUACAAAGACGAAAUCCGAGACAAUCUAGAGUCCGGCCUUAACUACAGACUGGCCAAUCACCAGGAUCUCGUGUACAGAGUUCUCGGACAGUUUCCUAUUCAGAUGCUGUAUUUUGCAUCAUUGAAACCUGAAGAAGCUGAACUGGUUGUCUGGCACUUCAAUCGCCGGAAACUGAUUUUCACGACAACGGUGGCCCUGGUUCAGAACCUAGACGACUAUCUUAACGACUGUCAGUAAUAAUCUGUACUUUGUCCAAUAAAGAAGUCAAUA